CAGAAGAAACCAUUGAGAUGAUGAAGAAGGUUGGCUUCGUCAUUGUAUCUCUCUUAAUGGUAUCCGUUGUUGACAUUUCAGCUAAAGAGGAAAUAUCACCGAGACUGUCUCCGAUAGAGCAUUCUUCCUCGUCACCGCCUCAGCAAGAAAACGAAAUGUCUCCAAUAUCUCCGACGAUGAUGUCUACUGAUUACGAUUAUCCGUCUUCGUCUCAGUUUACGGAAUCAAGUGAUCUCAGUUACACUGAAAAUACCAGAACCGGAGGCGGAGGAAACAAGACUGGAGUUGUCGUUGUUGGAGCCAUUGCAGCGGUGAGUAUGGUCUGCUUCGGUGGUGUAUAUUUGUUCAAGCAACGGCGUGACAACAUUCGUCGAUCGCGGUAUGGAUACGUCGCCACUGAAUUCUUCUGAAGAUAACUUUGAAGGCGAUCUUCAGAAGUCUAGUUUCUUUUCAAAAUGUUCUUGAUAAAUGUAUCAUCACUAAGGACUCGAACACCAUUAUGGAACACAAAGAAAAGAAGCUUACAAACUUUUUUUUGAUAACUUUUGUCGUUUCAAAGUUUCUAAAGUCUAGUUUCUUUUGGAAAAUGCAAAUUUAUGAUGUAGUAUACGAACAACAUGCAAAAGUGAGCUUUGUUUAUUGAGAGAUUCACAACAAUGUAGAUCGUAUU